GAAACCGAAAGUAUGAGAGAAAAGCUCCACGUUCUUUCCGUUUUGUUUUCUGGUGUGAGUUUUUGGGUCACAGUGGAUUCAAAAUCAUCUGAAAACAAGUAAAACUUUUAAAGUGCGCCCUGCUGCCUGCGCACUCCUCUGUUAGCUCAUCCAUUAUCCGUCCAAGUGAACAAACAUGUCGGUUCAAAAGCUGCUCCUCCAGACUCUGGAAAACAUGACCAAUGACAACUUUAAAACAUUUAAAUGGUACCUGAAUUUGGAGAUCCCAAGGGGUCAUACACCAAUUCCCAAGUCUCAACUAGAGGGAGCUACUCGGGAAGAGGUUGUGACUAAGAUGACAGAGAGCUAUGGUCAAGACAAGGCUGUGGCGAUAACCAUAGAGGUCCUGAAGGAACAGGGCCUCAAUGGUACUGCAGAGGAGUUAAGGAACGCUUAUGUAGGGGAGAUUACACCUGCACCCUCCGGUACAUCUUCAAGCGCCAACUCAUCUGCUGUGAUUCCUGCUCCUAUGGUAUCUGCUCAGGGAGGAAGCGUGAUAGUUGCCCCGACGAUCCAGGGUGGUGCCACUGGAUCAUGGAACAUAACCAUCAACAAGUCGUAGCUAAUCUCUGGAUCAUCCAAAGGAUGACCUCGGUAGAAAAAAACAUUAAAGUAUUUGCAAGUCACAAAAAUGUGAUCACAUUAAAAAAAAGUGUAUCUAAUAACUUCAACGGAUGAAUCAAAUUUUGUCGAGAAAGACUGUAAAUCUCACAUUUAAACUUAAAAAGGGUCUUGUGUUUAUUAAAAAAACAUUACAUUUCCUGGA